GCCUUCUCUGUUUCCAAAUAGCAACCGGGCUGCGGGCUUAUGGUGAGAGGAGGCCUCAGCAGGGAGGGGACGGGGCAGGAGGCAGACGGGAGGCAGACAGGCAGGCUCAUCCACCCUAAACACUGCAAUAGUUAAAGUUGAGAGGGACAGAGGGGGGAAAGGAGUGAGAAGACAGGAGGGGAAAUGGGGCAGAAAGGUUCCACAGAGAAGAAGGAGGCCAAGAAGAGGAGAGAUGGAAGUCCAGAGCCAGGACAAAGCAAAAAGUGCAGAGGCUGCUGCUUCCCGCUGCUCGUCGCCCUGCUCCAGCUGCUGCUGGGGGUGGCUGUAGCAGCCGUGGCCUUCCUCAUGUUGGCCAUCAGCCCCUCGCUCCUGACCAGGGAGACGCCACACUGGGCUGGGAUCAUCUUGUUUUUCGUUUCCAUCGUGGGCUUCAUCCUCUACUGUAUCACCUACAUCCCAGACGAGAGGACGUCUCUGCAGUUCAUUGUCAAGCUCCUCUACUUUAUCCUGUGUGUCAUCGGCCUGGUCAUUUCCGUGCUGGUUAUAGCGUUCGCUGGACACCACUACUCACAGACCAGUAGCUUCAGCUGCGAGCAGGUGGAAGGGGACUGCGUGUGCACCCUGGACCGAGAUGACCCAAUAGCCCGCGUCUUCGUCUACGAGGGCGCCGGUAACUGUGAGGUGAUCAGCGGGACGCUUACGCUCUACUUCCUGCUCCAGAUCAUGCUGAACGUGGCCCAAGCGCUCGUCUGUGCCGUUGGGGCCUUCAUCAUGUGGAGGGACCGGUACCAGGUGUUCUUCGCCGGCCUUCAGAUCGCCGCUCCCUCCACUCAGCACUGGCAGAGGGUUUAAUGUGAUGAGGACAGGGUUGAUGGGAUGAGUCUAAUCAGUCAGGUCAGGAUGGAGGGAAGUGCCAUAGACAGGGAAUGUGCUUCUGGUGUGUGUGUUUACUUUGAUAAGUUUAUAUCAACCUUUAAUGGCUUUUUGCACAGAUUUUGUAUAAGUAAGAUUUUUCACUUCCAGCUGCUGAUGUUAUAAAACUUGUUUAAAUGAAAAGAAGAAAAACAUGUAGUCUACUUGGGAAAAGUUAAACCGAUUAUUUGUGUUCCAGCACGAUAAUGAAUUCUUCACGAUGUUUCGAAUUAUGUUGACAUUUGAUCUUGAGACAUAUGACUUAUAUAUAAUUACAGAACGAGACAACACAUGUAUUUGUUUUGCACUUAACUCUUAAAAUAUACAUCCAAAAAUGUCCUUUGGUUUGAGUUACAUUGUUUUAAUGAUCAGAAUUGAUGAUCAUGAUUGAAACAACAAAUUGUGGUUUGCAAAUAUAGAAAGAUGCAGCCUCAAGCUUUAUUAGUUCAUUGCUUUGCAACAUUGAAGUUUAAACUCUGUAUUGGGACUCACUUCCAUGUUGUUUAUCACAAAAAGAGCAAUUAUGUGGAUUCAUUCCACAAAUAACCAUUUUUAUUACAUUUGCUACCGUGCACACAGAGAUAAAAACCCAGACAGCUCAGUUAGACAGAGCGAGAACUGAUCCUGACAGACUCUCUACUCCGUGACACUGGAUCCGGACUGAACCGGGCUGUGGCUCGUGAAGGCGGAUGCCAGGCCAGUAGCCAGCAGUGACUCAAAACAGCCUGUAGGAGUCAAAAGACUGAAGCCACAAAGAGAGGAGGGAGGAGGGGAGUGCUGGGGUGAGGAAAGGGGGGACUCAGACAGGCAGCUGGACCCGAGUGUCUUCUCUGUGUGUUUACGGCAUUUCACAUGUUGGGACGAGCACAAAGAGAAUGAAACAAGCACAAAUGUUUAGGGACUGGAGGCCUCAACGUGAGUCAGUUUCCUCUCCAGUAUCAGAGGAGUGUAAUUCCUGUGCAGUUUUGAAUCUAAUUUGUCAGUGAUGAAAAAAGUUUGACUGACUGUUUUAUUUUUCACAGAAAAGAGCGUAUUGUCUGGGAAUAAAGAAUCCAGUGUGUGCAUUUCAAGCUGUCAAACGUUUUGUGGUUACAAAUACAAAUCUUUGAUUCAGCUAAA